AUGGACAGGAGGACGCCGCCGCUGGUUCGGUCCCAUCUUUCGUCCCCCAAUGCGGAGAGCGGGGGGAGGUUCAAAGUCUCCCGGGACGAGCUGCUUGGCGGCGAUGAAGAAUGGCAAUCACGAUCAGCUGGGUCAGACGAGGACUCCGCUGCCGAAUCUUUCAACACACCAGAUGACCAUCCGCUCGGCGAGAACAUCUACGCACUCCUGAUUGCAGAAGUCAUGCAGAGCUACACCAAGAUUUGGAUUGCCGGGGCUUCCAUGCUCACGGUUGCCAGGCUGGUGUAUGCGGCCCUUCUCAUGUUGGCCGUGAUCUUUCUCCAGGUGUUUCUUCUCCAAGCCGUGUCCUCAAAGCUUUGCGUACCAGCAAUGAGGCACAUUCGCCAGAUCUACGACAACUACCAAAUAGCGGUCUAUGGCGAGAACAACACUUAUGUGACUGUCAACGGCUUCCACCGGGGUAUCGACGGGGCCGAGCUCCAUCUUCAAGGUUUCAUGGCGCUCCCGCUUGAGACCAAGGUCGAAGUUUGCAGUGUGCCGCUGUCUCAGCCUCACUUCACGUACUGCAUCCUGCUGAUCUGGACCAUGACGUGCUUUGCGGAGAUUCGGGCCACAAUGCGCCUCUUCUACUUCGCGCUGGUCUCGAUAGACACGGUCGACAGGGUCAAGGACUGCAUCGUCGAGCGAGAGGAAGGGCAUAAAGCCAUCGUCGGGGUCACGCAAGGUGUCAGGUACUUCAUGGGUAUCACCUGCUUCUUUCCCCGCAUCGCCUCGACAUUGUUUCUGAACUAUCUCGGCUGUCGGUGGCUUGUGUCCACGGCGAGCUUGCAGGAUCUCUUCUUGAACUCCUUGGCCUUGGAGUUCAUGUUGCUGCUCCCGGAGCUGAUAUACCGGACCUUUGCCACGGACCGGGCAUGGAAGUUGACGGAGACCAUUAUGAUCGGAGGAAACAGCCUGCAGCUGCCAAAGGAAGGCACUGGCCUGAUGGUGUCUCUGUUCUGGGUUGUGCUUGCGAUCGUCUGGGUUUACGUGUACAUGGUCUACAUCCAGCAAGUUCUUCCAGGCUACAAGUGGGAUGUGCGGCACGUAUGCCAGCAGGUACCUGAGAUUUAUGACGAGUCCGCUUAG